AUGACUGCCGAGAUAGAAUGUGCUAUAUGUCUAGAAGUUUCUGUGGAUCCCCACACGCCACCAAAUUGUAAUCACUAUUAUUGCAAAGCCUGUUUCGAGAAACUUCAGCCAAAUAAUGGUUCACUUUUAUGUCCACAAUGUCGACAGCCAUUUAAACUCGCGGAUAUCAAGCCUUAUAACGUUCCUCAGCUUCCAAUGAAAUAUUGCUUGGAUAUAACUUGCAAACCAGGCAAUGGAUGCACAAAGAUCCAUAUCAGUGAUUUAUGUCCAAGGUCGGAGAAGCUUUCCAAAUACUCAAUAACUCCACCUACAGCCGAGAAAGUCAAAGCACUGCGAGAGGAGGAAGAUGAGGUCUUCAAAAUCCCUCCCAAGGCGAGUUACUGCUUUGACAUAACGUGCCCUGGCGGUGCAAAUGCAAAAUGUGGAAAAAAACACGAAUCCGAUCUUCUUAUUGGGCCUCUGGUUUCAUAA